AUAAUGAGAUUGUCAUUUCUUUCAAAACAACAUUAAUUCCUUUUAACUUUUGAAAUCUUUUUACUAUAAAAAAAUGAAAAUCUUCAUUCAUGUUAUGGAUCUUGUUGGUCCACAAAACGCUUGUAUUGGUCUUGGUCAACAACUAGUUCAACGUGGUCAUCAAGUGUUUUUUUUGGUGAAUGAAAGUUUUGUGAAAAAAUUUCAACCAUACUCGAAUCAAUUCAAAAUUAUAGGCCUGAAACCGGUAGCCGAAGAGAAAAAUGAAGAAGAAAAAAACCUGGCGCCAAUACAAAUUCUGAUCAAUAGUUUCGUACGAAUGGGUUUGUUCGAUUCGAUUGAGCCGAUCGAAAAGAUUCGUAGAAUGAUUGAUAGUAAAUUCAUUCGAAAUCUUGGCGCCAAUGCUGAAGCAUUUGAACCACAGAUUCGGAUUCUAAUCGAAAGAGAAAAGCCGGAUAUUUUACUUGCGGAUGCAAAAAUAAUGCCACCAUGCAUUAUGAAUUCAUCAAUACCAUGGGCUUAUAUAUUCUGUGCUAAUCCAUUAGGACUUUUUACCGAUGAACGUCUACCACCAUUUUCAUCCGGCCUACCGAUCGAUGGUGAUCGCCGCGAAUGGCAAGAAUAUCGUACAAUAUUACAUCGAGAAUAUUUUGAUAAAGUUGUUGCUAGACAAAGAGAAAUUUGCGAAAAAUUCGGCUAUCCACCGACAGUGGAUCAAGUUUUUUUCCCACGAUCACCAUUGCUAAAUAUUUAUCAAUUUCCAAUGGAACUAGAUUACGAUGAUGUGGUAACGUUACCCAAACAUUAUUUACGUGUUGAUGCAUUCGUACGUGAUGAACCGGAACCAUUUGAAUUACCUGUCAGCAUUCGUAGCCAAAUGAAACCGGGUGAUAAACUCAUAUUUUUAUCAAUGGGUUCAAUGGGUUCAUGUAAUCUGGAUCUAAUGAAACGUAUGGUACGUGUUUUAUCCAAAACACCAUAUUAUUAUCUGAUAUCGAUGGGACCACUUCAUGAUCAAUAUGAAAUAGCACCAAAUAUGUGGGGUGGGCCAUACGUACCACAAACAAAAAUUAUUCCAAUGGUUGAUUUAGUCAUUUUUCAUGGUGGAAACAACACACUGACGGAAACGGUUUAUUAUGGAAAACCAAUGAUCGUAAUACCAUUAUUCUAUGAUCAAUAUAAUAAUGCACAACGUGUACAUGAGAAAAAUUUUGGCCGUCGUUUAGAUCAACAUCAAUUCACUGAUGAACAACUUGUACAAACAAUUGAUGAAUUGAUCAAUGAUCGCGAACUUUGUGAAAAACUGGAUAAAGUUGGUCAAAGAAUUCGUGCAAGUCGUUCGAAAGAAAUUGCCUGUGAACAUAUUGAACAAAUGGUCAAAUCAACUAAAUAAAUCAACGUUUCGCAAACUUUUUCGGCAGCGGACCGGUACUGGAUCGCGGACCACAGUUUGUGAAAGGUUGGAAUAAACAAAAAAAAUUAGAUUUAAUUUAAAACAAAAAAAAUUUUAAUUUUUAGAUUUUUUGUCUUGUCACACAAACACAUGCUAACACAUCAUAAAUAAAUAUCGAAAUAUCUUUUAUUUUCCGA